AUGGUUCGAUCCAAUUCAAGGUUAUCUUGGGACCUAAUACAGAAUGAAAGGUCUCGCAAGGUUACGUUUCGAAAAAGAAAGACUGGAUUGUUGAAGAAAGCUUAUGAGUUGAACACUCUUUGUGAUGUGAAGGGGUGCGUGAUCAUAUACGAAAGCAAUUCUGAUGGCCAAUUGCUCCAACCCGAAAUCUAUCCAAAACAGGAGGAGGUGAAGCAAAUCAUCAAUAAGUAUGCAUCUUGUUCAUCGAAGAGAGUUCACAAUUUGGAGGACUUCUACGCCGAGAAAAUUGAACAACUGCAAACAAAGAUUAAGAAACUACGCCGGAAGAAUGAUGAACUUCAGUUUCCAACGUGCGAUGAUAGGAUGAAUGCGCUAUCAUUAGAUCAAUUGCUUAGUCUUGCACAAAAGCUGGAUCACAAAAUUGAAGCUGUAAGGAGAUCGAUGCAGUGUGCUAUUAAUCAUGAAGGUAGACUAGGGCCAAUGCCUUUGUAUCACAAUGGCAGGGCUCUACCGGAGGAGCAGAGCUCUGCACAAGCGCAAGGCUUGUUUUAUGACAAUCUUGAUCAUCAGAUGCUCGCAUUCGAUUCUCGGAUGCUUGCAUUCGAGCAUCAGAGCAACAAUGGUUGGAAUCAUUCCGCAGGCAUGACUCCGUUGGCCGAGUAUGCUCCAUUGACAUUAACCUUGCCGCCGAACUGUCAUGAUGUAACAUUCCAUAACCAUGCACCACCAUAUCCGAUGUCGACAAGUGCUCUAUUUCCUCCACACUUUGUUUCAUCUGAUAAGCUUCCUCUAUCUCUUGGUUCAGCCCAGCAACCAAGUCUGGAGAACACCAAUGUUUCAUCAUCUCAGUCUCCUGAAGACUUGAGAAGGCUUGAGGGUGAUAUCUAG